AUGGGCCCCGUGAUAAAACACGUGUGAACCCCUGAAAUCGUCCUUUUCUACAUUGGACGGCCAUUCGUGUAAACGAUGCCUCUUGCUAAAGAUUUAUUGCACCCCUCCAUGGAGGAGGAGAGAAGGAAAAACAAAUUAAAGAGAUUGGUCCAGAGUCCAAACAGCUACUUCAUGGAUGUGAAAUGUCCAGGCUGCUACAAAAUCACCACAGUGUUUAGCCACGCCCAGACCGUCGUAUUGUGUGUCGGAUGCUCCACAGUUCUGUGCCAGCCCACAGGAGGAAAAUGCCGCUUAACAGAAGGCUGUUCUUUCCGGAGGAAGCAACACUAAGUUAGAUAUUUAUGUGUGCAAGAGGAAUUUUGUGCGAGGCUGUUACCGUGCAGACGGUGAUUUGGUGUGGGUGAAUACUGGCCAAUGGUGUUUGACAGCAGAGGGCAGCACAUAGACCAUGCUCUGGAUCUUUGGAAUGCUUGACGAGAUUGUCACCACUUUUUCAUCUGUAAAUCGUCAUCCAGCUUAAUUCUGUAUCAUAUAACAAGGGAGAUUACUCUUUGAUUUUAAUCAUUUGUAAUGAAAUACACUUUAAAUUCUGAUUUGAAAAUAAAGAACAUGUAAGGAGAAUCAGAUAUGCAGUAAGGGUACUGCAAUUAAUUAAACAAGAUUCAUCAUACUUUUUGUGUCUGCCAUUAUGCUAAUAAAUCUUUUGGGUAUUCACAAGCACCAA